AUGGCUUCAGACAAUGCGUUGGACAACUUGACUGCCGAGGCAGACUCUUGGUCUGUCUACACCAAGACUCGUUCCACCAUCAACGAACAGCCGCUCAGCCAAGAUGAGCUCGAGAAGACGACAAGAUAUAUGCGCGCGACCCUCUACCUGUGUUUGGGCAUGCUGUACCUCAAGGAAAACCCGCUGCUGCGAGAGCCAUUGAAGAAAGAGCACAUCAAGCCCCGACUGCUGGGACAUUGGGGAAGUGACGCUGGACAAUCCUUCACGUGAGUUCUGCAGAGGUUGCAAGACCAAUCCGGACGCAAUUGAUAUUCGAUAGCUACAUUCACAUGAACCGCCUCAUCAAGAAGUACGAUCUUGAUGCUUUCGUCAUUUCCGGUCCUGGCCAUGGAGCUCCUGGUCUCAUCACCAACUUCUACCUCGAGGGCGUCUACAGCGAAGUAUAUCCAAACAAGAGCGAAGAUGUCGAGGGCAUGCAGCGCUUCUUCAAGCAAUUCUCCUUCCCCGGAGGCAUUGGAAGCCACAUGACACCGGAGACACCAGGCUCCAUCCACGAAGGUGGUGAGCUUGGUUACUCUCUUUCGCACGCUUUCGGAGCAGUCUUCGACCACCCUCAAACCAUUGCUCUCACCAUCGUGGGUGACGGAGAGUCAGAGACGGGGCCUUUGGCCACCAGCUGGCACAGCAACAAGUUUCUCAACCCGAUCACCGAUGGGGCUGUACUGCCUGUUCUGCAUCUGAAUGGCUACAAGAUCAACAACCCUACGAUCCUUGCUCGUAUCUCGGAGGAAGAGCUCAAGGCUCUCAUGAAGGGCUACGGUUGGGAACCAUACUUCGUGGAGGGUUCAGAUCUCGACACUAUGCACCAGGCCAUGGCCGGUACUCUCGAACACUGCGUAAAUGAGAUUCGCAAGUUCCAAAAGCAGGCUCGUGAUUCGGGCAAGGUCUUCAGGCCAAGAUGGCCAAUGAUUGUCCUCCGCUCCCCCAAGGGUUGGACUGCUCCACGCAAAGUGGAGGGACAUUAUCUGGAAGGCUUCUGGCGUGCGCAUCAAGUGCCGCUUCCCAAGGUGCAUAACGACCCAGAGCAAAUGAAGAUGCUAGAAGAAUGGAUGCGCGCAUACCAGCCAGAGAAGCUCUUCACCGAGGAGGGAAAGUUGGUUCCUGAGCUUAAGGAGCUGGCACCGCCGAAGGGCAAGAGGAUGGGUGAGAACCCGAUUACCAACGGCGGUGUCAUCCGCAAGCCACUGAAGCUGCGAGACUUCAAGGACUUCGCUAUCAAGGUCGACAAACCGGCAAUCACGAGCGCGCCGAGCAUGAAUACCUUCGCCGAAUUCCUACGAGACAUCGUCAGGGACAACCCGAAGACAUUCCGUGUUAUGGGACCUGAUGAGACUGAAAGCAACAAGCUCUCCGAGAUUUAUAAGGCGGGAAAGAAAAUUUGGGUUAAUGGAUACCUUCCUGAAGAUGAGGAUGGCGGAAACCUUGAUCCCAACGGACGUGUCAUGGAGAUGCUCUCUGAGCACACUGUAGAAGGCUGGCUCGAAGGUUACAUCCUGAGCGGUCGCCACGGCAUGCUCAACUCGUAUGAGCCUUUCAUCCACAUCAUCGACUCCAUGGUCAACCAGCACGCGAAGUGGAUUGAGAAGUGUUUAGAGGUCUCGUGGAGACAGGCUGUCUCGUCUUUGAAUAUCCUUCUUACUAGCACGGUCUGGAGACAAGGUGAGAACUUCAGAAUCUAGUUGCCAUACUCAAGAUGCUAACGAAAGUCGUUAGAUCACAAUGGCUUCACGCAUCAAGACCCGGGAUUCCUCGAUGUCGUCUGCAACAAGUCGCCGGAAGUCGUCCGCAUAUACUUGCCUCCGGAUGGCAACUGCCUGCUGUCCACAAUGGACCACUGCUUCAAGAGCACCAAUUACGUCAAUGUUAUCGUCGCCGACAAGCAAGUGCACCUUCAAUACCUCAACAUGGACGCUGCCGUGGAGCACUGCUCAAAAGGUCUGGGUAUCUGGGAUUGGGCGUCAAACGAUCAAGGACAAGAGCCAGAUCUUGUGAUGGCAUCGUGCGGUGAUGUCGUGACCCAAGAAGCACUUGCUGCAACAGCGCUCCUGCGACAACACCUGCCUGAGCUUAAGAUUCGUUUCGUCAACGUCGUCGACCUCUUCAAGCUCAUGCCAAACGGCUACCAUCCUCAUGGUCUUACGGACGUUGAAUACGGCGCCAUCUUCACCACCAACAAGCCCGUCGUCUUCAAUUUCCACUCUUACCCAUGGCUCGUCCACCGCCUGACGUACAAUCGCAAGGGCCAAGAUCUCAUGCACGUACGUGGCUAUAAGGAGAAGGGCAACAUCGAUACGCCCCUUGAGCUUGCCAUCCGGAAUGAGAGUGACCGCUUCUCCCUCGCUGUCCGUGCCAUUGACAGCUUGACCGAAGUUCUUGGCAACAAGGGCGCUGGACCACGUGAAAAGCUUAUCGAGGAACGUAUCCGGUCCAUGAACUACGCGUACGAGACCGGUCUGGAUCCAGAAGAGUUUACGAACUGGAAGUGGCCUUUCUGA